UGAGAGGGUGCACACCUACUUCGUCUGUCGUGUGUACGUGUGUGUGUGCGCGUGUGUGUGUGUGUGUUGGGCCAGACGCACACCAGUGGUAGACUAUGCCAGUGUGUGAGGCGGUGAUGGCUGACGACGCUCACAGUUUGUCGUCUUGUGUGGUGGAGGCCGACGCUGCUCCUGCCCACUACAGCGACGAUCACGACCUGCUGGGCCACGACUCCCGCCACGACCUGGUAGAUGACGACCCCGGCCACGACCUGGUAGACGCCGCUGACGACGACAAGAAGACGGGCGACGGCGGAGGAGGCCCUGUAAAGCCGCCUUACUCCUACAUCGCCCUGAUCACUAUGUCCAUCCUCCAGGCGCCCAAGAAGAGAGUAACACUGAGUGAGAUCUGUGAGUUUAUCAUGAACAGGUUCCCUUACUAUAAGGCCAAGUUUCCUGCCUGGCAGAACUCUAUCCGCCACAACCUCUCUCUUAACGACUGUUUCGUCAAGGUUCCCAGAGAGCCUGGCAAUCCCGGCAAAGGUAACUACUGGACCCUUGACCCGGGCGCCAUUGACAUGUUUGACAACGGCUCCUUCCUCAGGCGCCGCAAGCGGUACAAGAGACAGCACCCAGACUUUCUCAACGACCCUCACGUGUUGUCACUUCUGGCUACCGGUAUGGUCGACCCUUACCUCCAGCACCACCACCACCUACAGCAGCAGCAGGCGGCAACGGCGGCUGCGGCUGCGGCACUCUUUGGUCCUCACACCACUAUGUUACAUCGGCCACUGCCUUACAGCCACCACCCGUACCUGCCGCCCACCCACCUCCACCACCACCACCACCCUGCCUACAGCCAGCAAGCAGAGGUGUUUAGGCACCUGCGGGCGCCCCUCAUCUCCCACCCCGCGGGCGGCCACAUGGGCGGGGUAGUGACUCCUACGCCCGUGAAGCCCGUGGCGGCCACACCGCCCUCGCCGCCCCUCACCCGCCCCUCCCCGCGGCCAGCCUUCACCAUUGACGCUAUUAUGGGCAGAGACAAGUCACCGCCGCCGCCCACUUCACCGCCAACGACGCCGCCCACGUGCCUCCCCACCUCCAUGCCACGCCCACGUGCCUCCCCCACCUCCAUACCGCCCGUGCCUCCCCCACCUCCAUGCCGCCCACGUGCCGCCCCCCUCCAUGCCGCCCACGUGCCGCCCCCAGCACCAUACCGCCCACGUGCCGCCCAGCACCAUACCAUCACUACCGUUGGCCGCCCUUAA